AUGCGAUUCUCCUUCGGUAUUUUGGCUUUUCUAGCCAUCUCCAACACUGGUAUCAAUGCAAAGCGUUCAGCGAGAAUGCUCAACGGGCAGCAGAUAGACAUCACAGAGGCUCCAUUCACAGUGAUGAUUCAUGUCGCGGAAGCGCUACAUUCAAUCAAUGGACUCGUAUGCGGUGGUAGUAUCAUCGGCAGACGACACAUUCUCACUGCAGCGCAUUGUCUUGCACAGUAUAUUUCUGAUUAUGAACUAAUGUUUGAUUAUGAGUGGCUGCAUGUCAUAGCAGGCGUAACCGGUCAUCAGUGUGGUGUUAGAACAUUUGAGAUACUGCAUGCAUAUGUUCAUCCGGACUUCACGGGCAAUCUUCAUGAUACAGAGAAUAAUAAAGCAGAUAUUGCAGUUCUGAAGCUUAAGGAUAGAAUAAUCUACCGCUCGACACAUAGACGAAUUGACCUCGCGAGUCACCAACCACCGACCAAUGCUCAAGGUUUCAUCUACGGUUGGGGAUACACUGAUAUUAAUGCACAAUCCCCUUCUAACACACUACAAAAAACUGUUGUCAAAAUAUAUGAUUAUGAAACUUGUCAAGGACUUGAUCGAGCCUUCGGUUACGUUAAGGAUGAGCUGUGUAUGAAGGGUAAUCCUGAUGGGACUUCGGCCUGUGCGGGUGAUAGCGGUGGUCCUCUCGUCGUAGACGGAAAACUUGUUGGUAUCAUUUCUAACGGAUAUGAAUGCGGAAGCCCUGAGCCUUCCGCCAUUUGUAACGUCGCCUAUUACAAACCAUGGAUUGAAGAUGCUAUCAGGGGGAUAGCACAAUCUAGAACGCUACCAUUCACCACAAUAACUGAUCAUGCACCUCCCAGUGGUGCCCAGUGCUAG